AUGCCCUCUAUUCGUAAGACCAAACGACUGGAACAGCAUUCAUUUGAAGUCAUCUCUGCUAUUACUUCCAAGAACGACACAAAACGAGGGAUGUGGUUGGUAGUGCUGCUGACUGCCGUCGAGCUCAGACAGGCACUCGAAUUGCGCAUAGACUGUCACCCUGAACCGAGGGCUAAUAUGCACAAAUGCAGGGAGAGAGAUUGUAUCUGGGCACCGACGGAAGAGAAAACGGUGCCUUGGUGUCGUAUGAAAGAAGGAAUCGGCUACUCGCAUAAACAAACCGAUGGAUCCGUGAGUGCUCGAAGUUUUUGCCUUCUUUUAACCACAUAG